AGGUUUAAUACACCCUGCCCCCACAGAAUUGAGCUUUCUGGAAAGCUCUUCCCAUUUUUAAGAGCUACCUGGCGGCCGAGAGGUCCUCCACCGAGGCCAUCGAGUGCAAUAUUUGAGUUGCUUUCAGCAACUUCUAACAGAAUCUCAAGCUGCCUCACAGAGGCGGCCCUGUAGGGUGCCAGUUUCCUUUUUAGUUUCGACUUUUAAAUUACUUUAUUAGGUUUCGUCACAAAGUCAACUCAACGUAAAAGUGUAAAUAAACAAUACUCUAUGAACCUAGAGAAGAACCACAAAUUCACAUAUUCCGCGGCACGGGGCACAGACUCGUAAUACUUUAUUUCAAUAGCUACAACGCAGUCAAGUUUGGAAGACUACUAUGGCCGUAUAGAUUGCUAGAUUACCAUAGAUAUUCAAAUUAGUCGGAUUAUAAGUAUGACCCACCACUAAAGUAUCGAUAGUCACGUGAUUGCGACCUAUUGCUACAUGAUUGCGACCGAUUGCUACAAUCCUGAAAAAGCUUACGCGGUACCGGUUAUAAGGACUGUAACGAUAACGAUCCUUAAGGAUAUUUUUGGAUGUGAGAUUGAGACAAUUUUUACGCGAUCGACCUGCUAGAAUCGAAUUAAAAUCAUAGAGUAGGAUUAUAUUAGGGUAUUAAAAUUCCUAGGUAUAGUUAUAAAUAUUUUGUAUGCAAUAAGUAUUUGUCAAUAAAUCUAAAAUGUGAAGUGAUAAUUCUAGUGACCACACACGCUACUAAAGUAACAUACAUAAUAUAAUAAUCUAACACGUCAACAAAAGAUUCGUUUUAGUUAUAUUCGAAGCAGAAAAGAUUUUAAAAAUGCGAUGUUGUGUGCCUUUCUGCAAAAAUACUUCGGACAAUGUGUCCACAUCACACGAGGAGGGGAAGGCGAUUAGUUUUCAUGGUUUCCCCAGUGAAGUGAAUCUCCGUGGCGCUUGGCUCAGAGCCCUCGGCAAACAAGACAACCUGCCAGACUCUGCUGUGGUCUGCUCGCAGCAUUUUCUAAAUGAUGAAAUCUAUGAAACAGACAGUGGUGUAAGGCAAAUUAGUACUGGUGCUAUUCCUUCAACAGUGCAGGUUUGCAUGAUAUGCCUAGACACUGACACCAAGCUGUAUCUAAUGAGUAAACACAAAUUGGAAGAAGCAUAUGAAAAGUUAACCGGACAUCCUUUGUGUGAUCAAGGAAACCUAAAACAAACACUUUGCAUACAAUGUGCUCAGAGAUUAAUAGACUUUAGCAGAUUCAGAGACAAGAGCUUGAGAGCCCGUGCACUGAUGAUGGAUUUAGUUGAAAAACAUGAAUUAAUAACAAGCCAACACAUAGAAAUGAUAAACUGCACAAAACACCAACUAAAGAGUAAUAUGGUGUUGACAUCACUAGGACCUGACCACUGUGACUUGCACAUACUAGAACACCUCCCGGAAGACAAUCAGACAGAAUUAGUGGAGACAAGUCACAUACUUGAAGUAAAACCUGAAGGAAGUGAUGAUUCUAUGUCGGUUGAUGAAGACACGGCAGUGAUGAAUGAAGAUGGCAGUAAUAUCUAUGAUUUUGUUCAGUAUCCAUUAGAGUACGAAGAUGCUUUCUUUCAUUGUGCACUUUGUUUGGAGGAAUUUGUCCAUGAACAUGCAUACAUGCAACAUAUGAGCAUGCAUCUACAGAACGGCGACGGUAAUGGUGAAUGUGACACGUCACAAGUGUGCAAGCCUCAUACAGCUGUGAGCUCGAGCUGUUCACACUCUUCACUCAUCUCUGAGAACAAGUCAGUAUACCUGCCAGUGCCAAUAACAUUUAGUUCAACUUACAGCAGGCAGACCCCAGCCCCUCCGCGCACGCCGCGGAGACCUUAGCCGUUCCUCUGUCCGCGAGUCUUGCAACAAUCAACGAGAUAAAGGAGCCAUCAACUGAGGAAGCCGAUACGGACGACAGAUGCCGGUACAAAAGACUAACAGAUUGUUUUGUCAAACUAUAUGAUAUUUUCUCUGAGAAAGUUGUCCCAAGACAAGACAGAUCACUGACGAAAACACA